GUCUGUCUGUCUUUUUUUAAUGAAAAUCUUUAGGUUGAAAACUUUGUUUUCUGAUUUUACAUUCCUCUUAAUAUUUUCAUAAUUUAAAAUUGUUCGCUACGCGUUACAUGUUAGCUGCUGCUGAACUGAUUGAUUACAUUAUCAUGAGCCAUAUCAAACCGCGAUCAACAGCUAUAGAAAAGUCAGAUGACUUAUCAGUAAGCGAGUGGCUACAGAAGAUCAGGAGUUUGCAUAUGCAGCGAGCUGAUAUGAAUCGUUUAAUUAUGAAUUAUCUUGUAACAGAAGGUUUUAAAGGUGCUGCUGAAAAAUUUCGCAUUGAAUCAGGGAUUCAACCAACUGUGGACUUGGACACCUUAGAUGAGAGAAUUAAAAUUCGAGAUGCUAUUCAAAAUGGAAAGAUUCAAGAAGCUAUUCACUUGGUUAAUAAUCUUCAUCCUGAAUUGCUAGAUUGUGACCGAUAUCUUUUCUUUCAUUUGCAACAACAACAUCUCAUUGAACUUAUUCGUGAAAGAAAUAUUGAAGAGGCCUUGAAAUAUGCUCAAGAGCAGUUGGCUGAGAGAGGUGAAGAAAAUAAAGAAGUUUUGUCUGAGUUGGAGAGGACUCUGGCAUUAUUAGCUUUUGAUGAACCAGAACGAUCACCCUUUGGUGAUCUGCUGCAUCCAUCUCACAGACAAAAAAUUGCUAGUGAAGUAAAUGCUUCCAUAUUGGAAAUGGAAAACAGAGAAUCAACAACACCUAAGCUUGCCAUUAUGUUAAAACUAAUGCUGUGGAGUCAAGAAGAAUUAGAAAAGAAAAAAGUGAAAUAUCCAAAAAUGACUGAUAUUGCUCAUGGUAUAAUUGAAGAACCAAAGUGACUCUUUAAUUUAUGAAAUUCCUGUUAACAGAAACUAAUGAACAAGUGCUUUCCAUUUUCAAUAACCGUAUUGUAAAUAUUUGCUUCUUUGUUACACUGUGCUUACAAGUGCUUUUUAUGUUGAUUUUCAACAUACAACUAGUUGAAAUGUAAAAUUAUUUUCUUAGUCUGUAAUAAAUGUCAUUUUUAAUGAAAUAUAUAAAUAUUAAAUGCU